AUGAAGAGAGGCAAGAUAGCCAUGUUACCACACGAGCUAUGCACAGGGUCACGCGGCAACGUGGCCACACGGCCCCAUUUCGGUGUUUUUGAAUUAGCACUGGGCCGUGCACGUGCAGCUGAGUGGAGAACCAAGCCGUUGGUAAGCGGCUUGACAUGCACCCACUCUAGCCAGGAGCGAUUGCUAGCCGGCGAAUGGCGACAACAGCAACAGGCCCUGGUUCCGGAGCUUGUGUUGCUGUGUGCCACCUACGCCCCGCCACGGCUUCCGGCGCUUGCACCGGCGGCGGCGGCAAUGGCGGCAGAUCCCGGUUUGCCGCCGCCGCCGGGGAAACUGUAUACACCUCGGCCGACUGGGGCCGCGGCCGCCGCUGCAGAGUCGCUGCUGCCGGCGCUGCAUCGCCGGGUGCGGCCGCAACCGCCACCGUCACGUGCGCUGUGUGGCCCGGCUGCCGCCUGUGCCUCGGCGGGUGCUGCAUCACUGGCACUUUUGCCGGCAGAGGUAGUUUCGGAGCAAGACACUUUGACGGCAUGCCUUCCAGAGCUGCUGCAUGCGCGCAUCCGACCAAUUGUCGUACAGCGUCACGUGCAGAGCCUGGAGGAGGGCCCUAUACGGCCGUACACAGGCCCAGGGGUGGCGCAGUACGGCGUGACUUGCAAUGGCAACAGCAAUGGCAACGGCUCGGCAGCUGGUGUUAAGAGGUUCAAGCUAUUGUGGCAAUGA